AUGUGUCGCAUAGUGGUAUUCGCGGGAUCCUGUACAAAAUGCGGCCACAGCUUCACCUGGGACGAUCUGACGCAGCAUCUAGCCUGCCUCGAUGCCAAGAACAGCGGCGUAUUUGGGGACUGUACCAGAGGAGUGCAGGUAGACCAACAUCAUUUCGAUCAAGAAUGUGAUGCGUGUGCUGAGGGGGAAGACGAGGGCGUGGGUGACAUAGGGGAC